CAAACCCAAAUGAACUCGCAACACUCUGGAUGGUAUGGUGUGGCUUCAGACUGCUUUCUCUGGGGACAUGAACACACCUGUAACCGAGCAUGAGAUCCGGAACAGUAUUCAGGAGAUUCGAACAAAAAUUAUGUCACAAGGGGACCAACGAGAGGAGGAUGUCCAUAGGCUGGCAGAACUAACCCAUAAUCUAAAGGGACUGCAUUCCCCAAAGACCCUUAUACAUAUUGAUAAUAGUGACCAUAACCCUGACCACAACAUGGACCACAGUGUGACCAUAGAGAGAAGGAAAGACCUGCAGGACCAGCUGAGACAGGAGGUGGACGAACACAUCCAAGAGGGGAGAGUAAGUGUGGAGAGGAUGCAGGAGAGAGUGGGUACAAUCCAGCAGCUAAAGGAAGCCCUGAGAGAGGAGAAACAGGAGAGCAGUGAGAAAUCUGACCACCCGGAACAGGACUGGUACCAGGCGGAGUACAACAGAGCACAGGAGCGGAGGAGGAAGAUCAAAGAGGAUCAUGGGAGAGUGAUACAGGAGGAGGUGGAGAAGAUGGAAAGAGAGCUGGGGCAGGAACAGACUGAGGGCCCCCAGAGGGAGGUAUUGGUCCUGGGCAGAGAGAGACAGGUCCUGAUUCUACAGAUGGAGGCCCUGCACACUGAGGCCUCGGAGGCCGAGAGAGACCUGGAGACACAGUACCACAGACACCAGCAUGAGCUUCACUCUCUUAGGGAGGAGAGUCUGCAGGUGUUCCGGGUUUUCCGCCAGGUAAGUGAGGAGCAGAGGAGGGUGUCAGAAGGCAGGUACAGGACUCUCCUGCUGGAGGCCAUACAGGAUGCAGUCUACCUGUCCUCUCAGAACCAACAGCUACAGGCAGACAACAAACAGCUCCGCAAAGCAUUGGCAGAGCUAAAGGACAUUCUGUGUGUGCAGGGUGACAUCAAGGGACAAAGAGUAUCCCAGUAACAGUGAGGGGAUGGGGAAAUGUUUCUCAUGGAUUUAUGGCAUUUUAUUUCUGAUAGAAAAUACCAAAGAAAUAAAAGAGAAACAACCA